AUGCUGGAGACAUGCUCAGCGGUGCUGGCGAUGCAGGAAGAGGCAGCGAACUACCCCGACCACGCGAAGGGCAAGAAAGAUCACGAUCUCGGGCCACCCUAUAUUGAUGCAAAAGGCGGAGCUCUCAAGACAUCGUCGGGGGUGAAGAUCGGACAGGGCGGCGCACCAGGCUUCACACUCGCGGAAGCAUUGCAGGUAGAGUUCCGGAAAACAUACAUGGCGUGCGAUCAAUGGUCGGUCGAGAGGAAAUGCGAUCUGAUAUUACACUGCAGAGUGGAGAAGGUCUACCAACGCGGCAUGAAGAAGAUCACGGUCGCCACUCGCGACCCACAGUUUCGUAUUCUGAUGAACAAGGCCUUCGCCAGCACGGAGGGUGCAGUCAAGCUAGCGGGCAGAGCUCCAGCGACGUCCCUCGAGCUCGAGCUGCAGGAGUGGCUCGAGUGCAUGGAGGGCUAG